GCCGCGCACCGGAUGAUGCCCCCGCGGGGGGCGGUGGGCUCCUGCCGCCGGCGGCGCCUGGCGCCCCUCAACGAGGACAACGGGCGGUUCCUGCUGCUGGCCGCCCUCAUCGCGGCGUACCUGAGCGCCGGCGCCACCGUCUUCUCGGCCCUCGAGAGCCCGUCGGAGGCGGCGGCGCAGCUGCGCUGGAACCGGACCCUCCACAACUUCAGCCGCAUCUUCAACAUCAGCCUGCCGGAGCUGCGCGCCUUCCUGCGGAGCUACGAGGCGGCCAUGGCCGCGGGCAUCCGGGUCGACGCCCUGCGGCCCCGCUGGGACUUCCCCGGCGCCUUCUACUUCGUGGGCACCGUCGUUUCCACCAUAGGUUUUGGAAUGACCACGCCAGCAACCGUGGCUGGAAAAAUGUUCCUCAUCGUUUAUGGCCUUUUCGGGUGUGCCGGGACUAUCCUCUUCUUCAACCUCUUCUUGGAGCGCAUCAUCUCCCUCCUGGCAUUUAUCAUGAAGGCGUGCUACGAGAGACAGCUGCGAAGAAGCGGUCUCCUACCUCCCAACUUCCGAAGGGGGCCAGCUGUGUCCGGGGUGGGCAGCCUCGUGGGCUGGAAGCCGUCCGUUUACCACGUGAUGCUGAUCCUGGGAAUUUUUGCUAUUGCCCUUUCCUGCUGCGCCUCCGCCAUGUACACGGCAGUGGAAGGAUGGAACUACGUUGACUCCUUGUAUUAUUGCUUUGUCACCUUCAGCACCAUCGGCUUUGGAGAUUUGGUAAGCAACCAAAACGCUGUGUACCAGCAUCAGGGAUUAUACAGAUUCGGGAACUUCAUGUUUAUAUUAAUGGGAGUAUGUUGCAUAUACUCCCUUUUUAAUGUCAUCUCAAUCGUAAUCAAACAAAUUUUGAACUGGGUGUUGAAAAAGUUCGAAUGCAGAUGUUGCCCAAAGUGCCAUAAAUCCAGUACCCGCCUCAGCCGUCGCAACGCCAUCACCCCAGGAGCCCGCCUGCGCCGCCACAACGUCGCCAUGGACGCUGACGGACAGUACGACAGUGACACCGAGGGCAGGAGGCUCUCUGGAGAGAUGAUCUCCAUGAGGGAGCUCACGGCGUCCAGUAAAGUCUCGCUGGCCAUUUUGCAGAAGCAGUUGUCCGAGACAGCCAACGGCUACCCGAGGAAUGUCUGUAUCAAUACGAGACAGAACGGUUUCUCCGCGGGGGUGGGGUCUCUGGCCAUCAUGAACAACCGCUUGGCAGAAACAAGUGAUUCUAGGUAGAGUUUUUGGAAUUCCAUUUGUUUCUUAAAUAAAAAAAAAAAAAAAAACGGCGGUUAGGGUGGAAUUGCCACUGUAAGCUACUGGAAAGUUUUACACUUCAGAGACAGCCUUGGUAGUCAUUGGGUGUUCAGUAUUUUACUUUCUGGGGGUUUUAUAAGUUUUCUCUAAUAUGCAGUGAGAUCUUUACCAUUAUGUUACAAUUUUCCCCUGAGGGGGUUUUAAAUGAGAUUUGGAUGUCUUUGAUGCAGAAUCUGGUGUAAUUACAGAGGGAUGGUGUGCAUGGCUUGGAUGGUGUCAAAACCAACAUAUUCUUCUUCAGAACAGCGCCUGAACCCCAACUGUAUGUUAAAGGCAUAAAGCAGGCAAGUUGCAACCCCAGAUUCACACAUGGGGUUGGUAAGUUUUGGCUAACCAGUAUCUCCCAGUUUGCUGAAGUCUGGAUCUGGUCCUGAGCCUUGUACUCAAUGCUCUUCAGUGAUUCCUCGUAGCAGGCCUCUGCAUGACUUACACGUAGGUGUCUGUUGUCACACCACCUUUAGGGUGACUGUGCUUCACUUCAAUAAUCCCACUGACUUCAGUGGCAGGGGAUGGAAUGGGCUGAACUCCCCUCCUACAAAUGAUGGGGUUUAGCCAGGCUUGUCUGAAAGACCACCUGCCACCUAACUCCUAAAAGUCAGGGGAUUAUCAAGGACCGUGUUAAAGUGUGCAGAACUGUUCCUACCUACUGAGCAACAGAAAACAGGCAAUUGGCAUCUUCAGAACUGACUGCGUUUAAUGCAAGAGAAGCUGGUGUGCACCUCUGAUGUCAAAUGUUUGCAUCACCACAAAAAUGCUUACUUCCUUACUUUCUCAUUGAAAUAAGCCACUAAAAUGAAUGUAGGCUCUCCGUUGUCCUAAAUUUGCAUCUUUUACUUCUGCAGUAUUGUUGCAGAGAUUCAUGCAGAUCAUUUCCUUGCAAUUCUUUGAGGGCCCCAGCCCUGUACUUGUUUCCCACAAAUCUGGCUGUGCAGGUUGUACAGAAGAGUACAGAAGAGCAUUGCUUUGGAGUUCCCCCAGAAGCUGGCUUCCCCCUAAAUGUUGAUACCAAGUCAUAAAUUGGCCUUUGGCUGUUGCUGCUACCAUCUUAAGCCAUAUUUAACGUGUGCUAGCCCAAACCACUGAAGAGCCAAAAGCAAACCUGGUCUGGACUGUGUAGUUUAGCAUGAUAAGUGGAUGCAGAGGAUUUGCUGCAAACCUCUUUCAAAAAUACAUGCACUGCUCUGGACCUGUUCUCUAAAUUCUCUCUACUACACUGUGAAGAUAAUAAAAAGGCUUCUGCUGAUUCCAAGCAAGAAACAAAACUUAAGGUUGUAUUCUGAGAAGCCUUCUCUUGGAAACUUACUGGAAAAUUGUAGGCAAGACCAUGAGUAGUAGGUUGGUCACCGAAUAAAUUGAACAAGCUGAUGAACAAAAACUAGGAAUAUUAGAAAUAUCUGAAAAUAUUUCCAUGAAGUUUUAUUUAGAUAUUUUACUCUAUAUACUUUGUUUUGCAUAGGUUUGGAGUAGCCAUCAUUUUUGCUUUCUUUUAAAUUUGUGGCAGUGCAAAAUGUUUUGGAAUUUAGCCUUGGAAAACCAACUUUACAGUUGAGGUUUUGCACACCUGAGCCUGCCAGCUGAAUUAAGGUGGUGAAUGUAUCUUUUUUCCCAACGAAAAGGAAUCAGAGCUGCAGAUAAACCAUCACACAUGGGUCUGUAUCACACUGUGAAUGUCACAGCUUUUAUCAAGGUGCAUUUGGCCAGAAACAAGCAGUGAUGAUUGUAAUGUGUUUCCAGCUGGCACAGACACACUUCAGAUUCUGUGGUAUGGUAGGGGCUGCAUUCAAGAGGCAGGAGCUUUCUUGGUGGUAGAGAGACUCCUCAAGGUCCGUAUCUCCAAGUGCCUUCCUGUCUGUGCACUCCUCCUCUUUAAGGAGGCAGGAGGAGGUGUUUGGUGCUCCUUUUGAAGGCCACUGAAGGAUAAAUUUAGGCAGGAUGUACAGAGACAGGUCACAGUCUGGAAAAGGAUCUGACUGCUGGAAGACCGAGUUCUGGCAGAUGCCUUCCAGAGAUGCAAGGGAAACAGCACAGGCAGGGGACCAAAAGAAUGAAAGUUUGUUAUUUUCCUUUGGGAUUACCCCCACAGGUAAAUCUCUUACUGUGAUGAUUUAUGUGUUUGUUUAUUAAAAGUGUGAAUGGGACCCUGUUUUUUUCUUUGCAGCCCAGCCUCUCUUAGGGUUUUAUCUUGGUGCAUUUGUCAUCAUGGGGACUGUUACUCAUUAGAACUAUUACAUAAAUCAGGGCAGACAGGCUCUGUCACAGAGAGCUUAGGAAUUUGAACUGAUAGGGCCCCGAGCCACAGCAGAAUUGCCUGUAUAUUAUUUUGCUCGUAAAAACAUGCUCAAAUGUAUCAACAUUCUGUGAGCUCAAGAACUCUUAUUUUUAUGGUAACAAGUUUGCAAAUUAAGGUUUGUUUUUUUUUUUUUCAGUGAGCUGUUUUAAAGGAUAAAUAUUAUA